UCUGAAUAAAUAGCAAUCGUAGUUUAGACGUUUAGUCUCUUUGCGUUCUACGACAUGAACAACUCACUCGAUAUUCAACUGAAAGAAAGGAUUGGAAGUGGUAGCUAUGGUGUUGUAUAUGAAGGAAUUUGGAUAACAAAUACUCGUAAAUGUGUGAAGGUUGCUGUGAAAUGUUUGGAAAAAGGCAAUAAUAAAGAUUCGGAAACAAAUAUUCUUCGAGAAAUCCGCAAUCUACAAGAGCUCAAGCAUGAAAAUAUUGUCACAUUCCAUGGCGCCUAUCGCCAAAAAAACAUAUGCCUCAUUUUCGAGUAUUCAGACUGUGGAUCACUCUAUGAUUAUUUGCAAAAAAAAAUCGUAAGAGUUUCAAACAUCGAAAAGCUUCACUGGAUGUUGCAAUGUGCCAAUGGCAUGGAAUAUUUGCACAGCAAAAAAACAGUGCAUCGCGAUCUUAAAACACAAAAUCUCUUACUUUUCAAUAAUUAUCGCACAUUGAAAAUAUGCGAUUUUGGUACUGUAAAACAAUAUGCAACAGAAAAUACUGAACUUAUUGGGACAAUUGGUUAUAUGGCUCCAGAAGUUUGUACUGCUGAUGGUAAAUAUACGGAAAAGUGUGAUGUGUUUAGCUAUGGGAUCACUUUCUGGGAAGUAUUCGCUGAAAAGAAGCCAUUUGAUGAAUUAAAGAAAAAAAAUAUGCACCCUUUAGCCAUCCAAUACAAAAUUAGUAAUGGUGCUCGUCCAGAUAUAAAUGACAUGCACAUUUGUAAAGAUUCUGAUCCUGUAAAGACAAUAAUUAAAAAGUGUUGGGAUCAAGAUCCAGAUAAUCGACCGACUAUGAAACGUCUUGUGGCAUUUCUAGGAAUUGAUUUAAGACUUUGCAUACCUAUAAACUUCGAAGAUAUAGAGAUUACAGAAUGUAUUAUGAAUGGUAGAUAUGGUCUCGGCUGUAAUGAAAAUUGGCGAGCCGGAUUUUUAGACACAAAAAUGGACGAGAAAUUAAUUCGAGAGCGGAGAAAGGGAGUUCACAAAAGAGUCUGAUAUUUCCAGCUUUGGUAUAAUUAUGUGGGAAAUAGUGACUGCAAAGAAUCCAGUUGUCGAAUUCAAAAAUAAAAAACUUUCGACUAUUAUUAAAAUUAUUAAUGAUACUAUACAGACUGGUAGCUCAGAUAUCCGUAAAAUAAAAAACGCUAUAAAUGCCUGAAAACAGAAUACUGACCAGAUACUAAGAAGCUGAUUAAAAUUUUAAUUUAUUAACUUAAUGCCCUAGUCAAUCUGUGGAAUAUGUGAUGAUGAUUUUUUGAACCGAACCAAAAUAUACAAGUACAAAAUAUACUAAAGUAACUAAAGCCGAACUGCAGCAGCUCUUUUAGCCUUAUAAAAUUAUUUAUUAUUAUCGUAAAUACCAAUAUUCGGUUCUACAUUUAAGAUUGCGCUGUUAU